GCGUGCGGGUGAUCUGGAGCACAAUCACAAAGCCCGGCGUUAUCGCACCGCUCCAUGCGCGCCGCGGCGGGAUCGGGCGCGCGGCAGAAGGUGCGCGCACGUGGGCGCACACUUGUCUGUUUGAGUCAGUGGCCGAUACAAACAAAUAAAUAACCGUGAGAACAAUAGCUGGAAGGAUAAAGUGUGGGAGGGAGGAGGAGGGGGGAGAGGGAGGGGGAGCCACGAUGUCGAACUCGCGGAGGUCUUCCGGCGCGGCGCGAGGGAAGAGACCCCCGGAUCUGGAACUUUCGGAACCUGCGUUCCGCGCGCCCGACGCCGGGGCGCUCGGGGGCGACGACGCGUCCUCCGGGAGAGAGCGCAUGCCGGAGGACGGCAACGCCGCCGCCACAGAUGGGCCCAAUGUUUACCUCCACCCGUACUUAUCUCACCCGCGGAUGUCUGUGCGCAUGUCGGUGUACAGCACCGGGAUCCGUCCGGUCCUCACCCGCGCGCACAUCCAGGGACAAGUGUAUAACUUCCUGGAAAGGCCGUCCGGCUGGAAAUGCUUCGUGUAUCACUUCACAGUGUUCCUCAUCGUUCUGGCCUGUCUCAUCCUCAGCGUCCUGUCCACCAUCGACCAGUACCAGGCGCUGGCUCACACGACGCUCUUCUGGGUGGAGAUCGUCCUUGUGGUGUUCUUCGGUGUGGAAUACUUUGUCCGCCUCUGGUCAGCCGGCUGCCGCAGUAAAUAUGUCGGCAUCUGUGGCCGACUGCGCUUCGCGAGGAAGCCGAUAUCUAUAAUAGAUCUGAUUGUGGUUGUUGCCUCAAUAAUUGUGCUGUCAGUGGGCUCCAAGGGCCAGGUCUUCGCCACCUCCGCUGUAAGGGGGAUCCGCUUCCUGCAGAUCCUCCGAAUGCUCCACGUGGACCGGCAGGGGGGGACCUGGCGUCUCCUCGGCUCCGUCGUCUUCAUCCAUCGACAGGAGCUGAUCACCACCCUCUACAUCGGCUUUCUGAGCCUGAUCUUCUCCUCGUACUUCGUCUACCUGGCGGAGAAGGACGCCGUCGACAGCAGCGGCUACAGCGAGUUUGAAAACUACGCGGAUGCCCUGUGGUGGGGAGUGGUGACUGUGACGACCAUCGGAUACGGAGACAAAGUCCCACAAACCUGGAUCGGAAAGACCAUCGCAUCCUGUUUCUCCGUCUUUGCCAUUUCCUUCUUCGCUCUGCCUGCAGGGAUCCUGGGCUCCGGCUUCGCCCUGAAGGUGCAGCAGAAGCAGAGACAGAAACACUUCAACAGGCAGAUCCCCGCGGCGGCCUGCCUCAUUCAGACGUCGUGGAGGUGUUUCGCCGUGGAGAACUUUGAUUCUGUCACGUUCAAGAAGUUUCUGAAGAAGAGAGCCCACAUCCCCGCCUCCUCUCUGUCCACCCUCAAGCCCAAGAAAUCGGUGAAGACAAGGAGGAAGCCGAGGAGCAGCGACAAGGACAACGGCCCCACGUCUCCCACCGUCCCCAGCAUCACCUACAGCAACGUGUUCGACAGCGGGAGGGAGCUGAGUUCGGACGUUUACAGCACGGUGGGCACAGAUUGCCAGCAGUCCUGGACGUCGUUGUCGUCCCUCCAGUUUGGCUCACCUCCUCCAGCGGAAAGACGGCGGCCGGGCCUCCUGGACGUCCACUCGCCCGGCCCCCUCCGGCGGAACUGCAGCUUUGCCGACGACCUGGACGCGGAGGCCGAGCGCGACGGCGAGCUCGCUCCCGUCACCUCCCUGUCGCAAUUGACAGAGUCACACCGGAGAGCCAUCCGGGUGAUCCAGAGGAUGCGUUAUUUUGUGGCCAGGAGGAAUUUCCAGCAAGCUCGUAAACCGUACGAUGUGCGGGACGUGAUCGAGCAGUACUCCCAGGGUCACCUCAACCUCAUGGUGCGAAUCAAGGAGCUUCAGAGGAGGCUGGACCAAUCGAUAGGGAGGCAAACGUUGUUCCAGUCGGGUUCCGACCGAGCCAAAGACAAAGGCACCAACUCUAUCGGGUCCAGGCUCAACCGGAUGGAGGACAAGAUAACGCACAUGGACCACACCCUGAACCGCAUCGCCGAGUCCCUCACCUCUGUGCUGCACCGGAGGGACGGGCCCGAGGGCGAAGGCGGGCCGAGGCCGCGGCCCCCCGGGCGGAGCCGCGACGUCCUCCCCAGCCGGGACAGCCUGCCCAGCUACGAGCAGCUGUCCUCGUCCCCUCCGUCCUCCACCUCCAACGCGGCCGGCGCCAAGGAUCCGGCCGCCGCCGCCGCCGCCAGCCAGGAGGAGAGCGGCUGACGGCUGGGGGGGCUCUGCUCCUCUUCGUGUCAUUCGUGAGAGGCGUUCAGGUCGCGUCUGACAAAGUCAUGUUACGUCAUCAGAAAUGCAAAGUGUAGGUUCCAUAAAAUGUUAAUCUGCUGCAAAAAUAUGCCAAAUAAUAGACCAAACGUUUUUGUUCAACCACCCUUUUGCCUUUUUGAUUUUUCUACAUGUCCUUGUAGUUUGAAAUCUUUUGGAAAUGAUUUACAAUUUUUUGCUUAUUUAAAAAUAUCACCGGAAAUCUGUUCAGGUUAAAGCCAAAGAAGUUGGGCUGUUUCCUCUGGAAAGAAACAAAUAUAAUUCAUUCCUAUUUAAGGGAAGGGGGCCUUAGAUAUCAGCUCUUCGCUGGAGAGUUUUCCGUUUAAUCAAAUAGUGUUUUUCCCUUUUUUAAUAUUCAGAAAUAUUCUUCUGUUUGAAUAAAAGAUUGUUGCAAUUAUUA